AGUCUUGAUGCAGAGCCAGACGCGGGGAGGGAGGGACUCGAACUCCCAAAAAGCAUCAGUCCGAGUUGUUGCAAAACGUCCGAUCUGCAGCCUGGAACUUCGAAAACACGUUUAAAAGUGGAAGUGAGGGUGGAUACCAGGACCAUGUCCGAGGAAGCAUCAGUUGUGGAGGAGGGUCUCUCCCCCUCUCAGACCCCCCUGGUGUCAGUCAGCUUCGAGAGGAGCGUCAACUGGAAACAGAAGUACCUAGAGGCUGAGCCCAAAGCUCUGGGGAUCACUCAGAUCGGCCUCAGUCUGUUUCAGAUCAUCAGCUCGGCGCUGUUCAUGUCCAAAGGCCUGAGUGUUACUCCCACUGACAUACCGGUCAUCAUCUUAUCUCUACUGGUGUUAAUAGCUGGGAGUUUGACCGUAGCAGCACAGAACCUGCAUCUCCCAACGCUGAGGGCGUGUUUGGGGAUGCAGAUCGUGGCUGUCACCGCCUCCAUCGCCAACAUGAUCAUCGCUCUGGUUAAAAUGAAUGAUAUCCCCUACUUCUGCAGGCAAUACUACUACUAUGACCAGAACUCCACCUCACGAGAGUACUGCCAUAACAUAGAGGGCACGAUUUCACACUUCUCUUCCGAGUGUGUGGUCAUUAACGUUGCCCUGGUGACCAUCUCCAUCACUGUGGCCGCCUACUGCUGCAAGGUGACCAACUGCUGCUCGCCAGCCCCCAAAAUGCCGGUGAUCACUGUGCAGGCCCCCCCCGCCCAGCUGUGAGGGGCAAACAGAUGUUCAGCUACAUACAAAUGCUACAGAAAAUGUAAAAGUGCACUAAUCAACAUUUUUGUAUAACCAAUGUAUCAAAUAACUAUGUGAAAUGUGAAAGGGGUUUGUUUGAGCAGCUUAUGAGACAGUUGUUAUGUUUAAAGACUUGGUGAGACCAAACCAGAGCUAAAAGGAGAGCAGAACUCCAGCUGGACACAAACAACAACUGUUGAUCUGUGUCUGAUGGAUGUGUUCUUCCAUCAUUGUCAUGUCAACUACAUAACCCGAUCAAAUGUAAAAGAAAAUGUGUUCACAGCUUGGAAAAGAAAUAAUGAAUGCAUCUUGAAAAAUGUACUUUUUAAAGUAUUACAUUACAUUAUCAUCCUUCAUUCUUACUUCUGCACAUUUUUCAUUUCAUCUCUAAUAAGACAAUUAAUCUCAGUCUAUUUUGAUCUUUAAAAUGCUACAGUAGUAACAACAAUCAGAAUACCUGUAUUCGUCCAAUAAAGGGGAAAUGUGCAUUUGUUACAGCAAGAAAAGAGCCAAAGACAGCUUAAUAUUGCCAUGCAUUAAAAAAAUAUUAAAGAUACAAAUGUUAAGGGACAAAUGCCUAAAAUAUAUACAGACAGAUAUUGAAGAAGUGGAAGUAACUCUGGCUGAUCUCUAGCAAUAGGAGGGAAUUACAUACUGAUGGGAAAUGCUCAAAUGUAGCAUAAGUAGAGAAACGUCCUGAAGUCGUAAACAGGUCUUCUAAAGUGUGCUAACAUUAGCCACUAUACGUUACUGCUCAUACCAAGUAAGACUGUGGCAACAAACCCCUGAGUGUAUUAAAUUGAUGUGUAUUACUGCUUAUUAACUACACUUUUCUAUAAGAGAAGGAUUGUGUUGUUUCUUCUUUAAGGUACAGUCAUGCUCUAACAUGAUAUAGCCAAGGUGAAUAAUACAAGACAAAUAAUGGGUGCUUACUAUAUAAGUACAAUCACUAAUCAAAGCACAUGAACGCUUUUCCUGAAAGUAUUUUUAUUCAGAUUGUAUGAUUAUAGCUACCUAGAUAAUGUUUGUCUUUUCUUACUGCAACUAACAUGAAUGAAUAAUACAUACAAAAACAUGUAAAGGAG